AUGGAUUCCUCAUCUGUCUCACCUGUAGCUUCGCCUCAUGCACCUCAAGAGCAGGGCAGUGACAGUCUCAAGGGUAGCAUCGCCAGUGUUGCUGCUACGACUAACCAACAUAGUGACAGCCCAAUUUACAUUCAAAAAGGAAUGGCCGAGAGCUCUUCAGUGGAAUCACCGACUCGACUGCAGUCGCAUUUUGAAAGUAGAGGAAACCUUGAUACCCUUGCUGCUGCUGCCCUGAAGCCUAUUAUAGAAUCAAGCCCCACAGAGAAGACCAUGGUUGAUGCUUUGAUCAGUGUGAGAGCUUCACCACCCCCGGUACAAACGCGUCGCAGUGAGCAAACGCCUAUACAACCUUGCACUCGUGCUACAAUGUCAAUUUCUUCCUUGAUUGAUGAUUCUUCGUCGUCUUCUUUCUCACACAAGACGGACGAUAGGAUAAAUGCAAGUCCUAGUCGCCAUGCGACUCGAUCUGGCGGGUCGUUUGGGCAUUGGCGUGUUAAUGGGAGGGUAUCAGACGAAGAGAUCAGGCCACAGAGUCGUAGUAAUUCACGAAGCGAUGACAGUGAUUCUGAUGAUCGAUAUCUGGCCAACCGGCGCUCGCGCCAGCCUCAGCUUCAACAUAACCACGCUCAUCAUCAUCAUUCUCACGAAGAUUUAAUGCGAGGAUAUAGUCCUGCUGAGCAUCAUCAUCGUCAUUACCAUCAUCACAAUCCAUCAGGUUCAAGCAACAUGGUACAGCCUCGUCACUCACAUCAACACAUGGUGCCUGUGCACCAGCACACACAUCCUCAUGUCCAUUAUCAUCACCCACAUCAGCAUGUUCAUCAACACUUGCCACUUUCACAUCAUCGCCAUCACCACGUUCAUCAUCAUCAUCUGCACCAAGGCAAAUCCUCCUCAUCUGCAUUUGCCUACAUGCCUAAAUCCCUUGGCCUCCGCCUCAAUCCAAAGCUGAAGGUGAACGCCACCCAUUUGUACAUAUCAUAUCUGAUUCAACUUGAUCAAAUGCAACGAGCACAGCAUCUUAUGAGGUCUUCAGAAAAAAGGAAGCCAGGCCAGGAGGGAACUACGAAUCAAAUGGAAGUGCCAGCUCAUUCUAUCCACAAACACCACCACCAACAACCGUGCUGUGGCGCGUCUUGUGUCAGUGACUGUUGUCGAAGUGCAAUGACAGCUCCAUGUCAGGUGGAGACUACUGGUCCUAAAGUCAAUAGGCCUCAAUCACCGCAAUCGCCUCAAUCACCUCAAUCGCCUCAAUCACCACAAUCACCACAAUCACCAGUAUCUGGCACUGCUGAGGAUACAGAUAUGGGACAUACGGAGAAUACACAGUUAAUACUGGCUAAAGAUGCAGUUGGCAGGUCAUCACCAACAGCGUCUCGUCAGGGUCACUUACAUCCUCAUGUUCAUAUUCACGCUCAGCAUCAGCACCAGCAUUUGCAUGGCCACGGCCGUGGUCAUGGCCAUGUUCAUACGCAUCCACAUGUGCAUCCACAUCAUUCUGCACCGGUUUUACCAGCACAUAUUCAUCCUGCUCAACACCAUCAUCACAUCAUCCCUGCAGGUACAAAAUUGGAAAGAAGUGGAAGCAAAGGUAGCGGUUCACAAACAGUUCACCGCCAUCACACAUUACAUCAUCACCAUCCACACCAUCACCCAUAUCAUCCUAAUCAUCCCAAUCACCAACAUCACUUCCAUCAUCACGCACAUCCUGGAAGUCAUCAUGGCCAUAACCAUAAUCAUAAUCAUAAUCAUAAUCAUAGUCAUAGUCAUAAUCAUAGUCAUAACCAUAAUCAUAAUCACAAUCACAAUCAUAGUCACGGCCAUCAUGGACACGGACACCAUCAUAUGCACGGACACAGCCACGGUGUACAUGUGCACCAUGGCCACACGCACAGCCAUGCCGGUCAUAGUCACACACAUAUCCAUAACCAUUCUGGAUCACCAAUACAUCAGCAGAGCCCAGGAUCGGAUCGGUCACAUCGUGAACGUGGUCAGAGCAGGCGAUUCUCUCAACAACAGCAGCAGCAACAAAAGCAGAUAUUGGUUCUCCCAAUGCCUAGACGACCUUCAGCUUGUGCAACGGAUUCUCCGGUUGUGAAAGCAGCUUCACCAGAUCCACGGCCACAGGGCGGAAAUGAAAUUCAUGUGACGUGUGAGCAUAGUAGAGAUGGAACAAAGGGCCUAGAGCAUGAGCAUGAGCAUGAGCAGGAGCAGGAGCAGGAGCAGGAGCAGGAGCAAGAAAGGAUGAAUCAGGGUCAAGAUGAUGGUCAGGAAGAUAGAGAUGGGCCAUCUUCACCACUGAUCUCCCCUCCUCUAGCUCUUAGGGCUGAGAGUGCCAUGCUUGUGGACUGA